AUGUAAGUACUACGAACAGCUGAUUUUUUUGGAGUCCCCUUCAUUCAACAAAUUGAUCCAAAACAAUCAAUUUAUAAAAGUGCUUUUGGAGGAUUAGUUACCUUACUUAUUUGUUCUGCAAGUCUAGCAUACGCUAUUUGGGUGCUUUACUUAUGGCAAAACAAUUAAUUAAGCCCAAAGAUUUCUAAUUCUAUUUAUGUGUCUGAUUUUUCUUUGUUGGAUUUGGAAUAUGAUGUUAUAAAAUUGUAUUAUUGGAAAUUUGGAGAAAAUUAGAUAGACCCUUUUGAAUCAAAAAUAUUAUUGCCAUUAGUUAUGUAUACAACUAAUUUUAGUUUUACUGAGCUUUAACUUAUAUAAAUGUCAAAUGAAACUUCUGUUGAUGGAUCAAGUAAAUAUAUCAUUCCAAAAAUGAGUUUGGCAUUUUAGUAAAUAAAUGGAGAACUAUAUACAACAUCAGAAAUGUAUAUAGAAAUAGUUUUAUGUUAAGAGAUAUAUCUAUAGCCAAAUGAAAAAUGUGCUUCUUAAGAGUUAAUAGAUGAGUUUUUUAAGCAACCUUUAAAUACUGUUGUCAUGCAAGUACACUAUAAAUCUUUAGAUUCCAGAGAUGGAUCAGAAUAGACAAGUUUAUAAGAGUUUUAUGUUUAGAUUGAAAUGAAAAACUGUUAUACUUUAAAUACAUUUCUAUCAAGUAAUUUAUAUGAAGUUCAAGACUCCUUUUUAUUUGGGAUGCCUAAAUAUUUUGAAUAUAUUAUAGGAUCUUCAAUACAAACUUAAACUAACUCAUUCGAGUAUUGUAAAUAAACAUAUGAAAAUGAUGUUUUAGGAUUAAUAUAUAUAAUGAUGAAAGGAAAUCAAACUAAAACUAUUUUUUAAUAUCCACAUGCUGGAGAUCUNAAUUAUAACUUUUAAAUUAUUCCCCUGCUUAAUUUAGAUUAAGUAAAAUAUUAUGUACUAAUGUCAAAAUAAAAUUCAAAUUAUUUAUAUUUUAAAAGAAUUGACAUUUGA